GUCGCGCUCGGGGGCCGCGCCGGGUAGUGCUUCUCUCUGGUGCCCGAGGCGGCUCUGGCUCCGAGAGCCUUCGGCAGCUCCACGGGGACUUCUGUGCACGGAUGGACCCGCCCGGACUCGGCGGGAAGCGGCCUGGCAGGCGGCGGCCCCGGCGGCGUCAGCAGAGGCAGGACAGGGCCGAGGCCGCCGGUCCCUGAGGCGUGCGGGCCCAGCGGGCCCGGCGGCGGCACCAUGAUGCCGGGCGAGACCCACUCGGCAGCGCCCGGGACGGCGGCGGACCUCUCCCGGUGCCAGGGCUGCGCCUCCCUGCAGCAGAAUUUAAAUGAAUAUGUCGAAGCAUUAAUUACCUUGAAGCAAAAAAUUAUUAAUACAGAUAAUUUGUUAACAGAAUAUCAGAAGAAAUGUGAUGAGCUGCAGUUUGCGAGAAGAGAGAAUAGUACUCUGCAUCACCAAGUGGAACAGAUGCUUCAAAAAAUUUCUCCUCUGCAGAAAUGUCAGGAAGAACUGGGAUCUUUAAAAGCAGAGUUAGAAGAGAAAAAGAGUUCUCUAAAGUUGUAUCAAGAUACUCAUCAGGAAUAUACUCGUGUAAAAGAAGAAUGCUUGAAGACUGAUGCUCAGAAGAAGAAACUAGAAGCCAAGGUGAAGAAGCUGGAAGAGGCUGCCGUCAAGCAAACUCAGGACUUCAAGCAACUGAAGAAUGAAAAGAAAAUACUUGAAAAGGAAUUUAAGAAGACACAGGAAAGGCUUGAUGAAUUUUCUAAACAGAAAAAUGAAAAGGAGUUGAGACACAUUGGAACACAAAUUUCAAGUGAUUCUUAUGGAAGCAUAGAUAAAAGAAAAGUAAAACUACUUCUCAAGGAACUUUGGCUCUGUAUAAACACAACACACAGACUACCUGGUGAAGGCAGCAGGUGUGUCCCAGAAAAACUUGCCAAAGAAAACCCCACCUCCAGAGAGUCUAGGGAAGAUGGCAUUUCCCCUCCAGUAGGAGGCAGUCCUCUCAGAGCCUCAGCGGUGCAGACCUGCUUGGCAGAACUGUCCAUGGAGAUAGAGAGCAACUUCUCAGCGUGUAAAAAUGUGGGAAAAGAGGGGCCUGGUGGGGCAGUUUACCGUAAUGACCGUGUUUUGAAUGAGGACCAGAAUCCUGAGGUUUUAAUGCAGAGGAAUGAUGACGACAGUACUGACUUUUCUGAUCCUGAUCAUUUUUUUGAUGAAGAUCUUCAAGCUGCAGUUGAUUUCUUCAAACUCCCCCCUCCUCUUCUGUCUCCAGUGCCAUCACCCCCUCUGGUGUCCUUACCACACCUGGGCGCAUUACCUUCUUCGCUAGCACCUGAAACCUACUUUGGAGAGUAUACAGAUUCCAGUGAUAAUGACUCGGCCCAGCAUAGAAAUUCUGCCAAGUCUGUUUCAGAAGAUGAAACACCUGAAUCACAGGAUUGUUUUGGCUCACCUAGAAAAACUGAAGGAAGUGGUACCCGGGAGGAGAUGCUCAAGUCACAUGAAGCCACCCAAACUCUAAGUACAUUUGAAGUAAAUGAAGUGACGGCUGUUGGGUUCGGGACAUUUACAGCAACACUGAGAGAACCUUCAACCACAUACUCCUUAGCUCAUGAGAAACACUGGACAGUGUCAUCUGAAUUCAUGAAUGAUAGAAAAAGAGGCAUUUUAGAUGAGGCAAAAAGACAGAGAGAGGUUAGGGAGAUGGAUAAGUCAGUGCAAACUGAGAACACACUUCACAAACCCACCAGAAGUGUGAGUGUUGAGAAGUUGUCUGGCAGCCUGGUACAAGAGAGGGAGGCGGCCCCUAAGAAGUCAGAUGUGUGCUAUUCUCCCCUUGUCAAGAUGCCAUUAAAUGAGCUCACGGAAUAUGAAGGAAAAACUCGAUCAUCCAAAAUGGUAGGAUCACCCACAUCAGACUUUACUAGGUGUACACUAACUAAUGAAAUCACUUCUGAGUUAGGUCAUAUAUCAGUUUCUGACCAUUUUCAGGGACUAUCUGGAGGAUUGGAAAAGGAAAGAGACAAUAUGCAAGGGUUCAUUUUAGGAGAAUCACCUGAAUCAGAAGAAGAGGCAGGUCAUGCAAUGGAGGGACCAGGGCUUGAUGUUGAAGCCAAGUUUUCUUCCUCGUCUACCUCAGAAGCCUUGUCUGUCUGCAGUAAUUCCCAGUCUUCCUCUGGGUUUGAGUAUGGUAAUGAUACACGUGUUCCUACUAAAGUCAUCCCAGCUGAACUGCAUUCAGAACAAAAGUUGCAAGCUAAAACUUUACACAGGUUAUAUCUGCAGUCUGAGCCACCGGAGUGUUCUACAGGAGAAAAAGAUCUGGAGACUAGCUUCCGUGCUUUGAGCCCUAUAUUGGGAGCAUCUAAUUUUAACAGUCAGAGUGGCAGUGAGGUAGAAUGUACAAAAAUUGUAAAAGGCAUCACCAAAGUCUGUUCACUUCCUCAGUCAAUAUUUAUGAAAGCUACAAAAGAUGGACAAUGUGAAAGUCAAGAUCCAAGAAUUGAGCUCACCCUAAGUCAGUCAGAUUUCACAUCAUUAGUGGAGUCUCGGUCUGGCUUGAUCAAGAGUGGUUUUGGUUUUGUUAAAAGCACGUCAUGGCACCACAGUGAUCUGUUAAGGAGAGGUGGCGAAGAAAGGCUGAGAGCUAAAUCAGAACAUGAACAAAAGGCCAACUAUCAGUUACAACAGGCAACGCUGUCCUUAGAAAAUAGAGGAUCCACAUCCACGCCUGAACUUGCUGGAGGAAGUAAUAAUGCUGUGGGACUCAAGGCUGCUGCGUCAUUGUUACCUAACCAAGUAUCAGUUAUCACCAAGCAGGCCAGACCUGAAACGGUGACAAGUGCUAGAUCAGGACACUUGAGACCACAUAGGAAUGAGCCUGCCUUAGCUACAGGAAAUGUGGAUAAUGGGACAGGUCACGAGUCAUCUAUAGGAAGAUGUGGUGGGGAAAGAGAGGACACAACAUGGAAAACCAAAGAGGCGGCUGCUGCAAAAAGGGCUUCACCAGAGGUUCCCACCUCUUGGAGAAAAUUGGAUUUUGAUUCUCCAAGUGGUUCUUUACCAGUAGGAGAUUCUUGUUCCACAAACAGUAAAUUAUCUUUCUCUUCUGACAACGUCCCGAUCCAAAACCGAGAAGUUGUGACAGAAGCUGCAGUGCACGAUGAGGUCCAGCAGGGUCCCUGUCUUCAUGCCACAAAUCCGGCCUUGACUGGGGUCAAUGCGGAUAAACUUCUGCCAGCCACAGCAGUGCCAGUGUCAGGAGGUUUUCCUGUUGAGGAAAUGUCCUGUGGCGACACAGUCGGAUCUGGUGGUGAGGCCCUGGCCAUUUCAGAGGACUCUCCUAGUGCACAGCAAAGCCCAAAGGAGCCUCUGGAGCUGCCAUCUCAAACUCCUGGCAGUGCUUCUGAAGCUUUGGGCACCACGGGGCCUGCUUUUUCAUCAGUGACUGGCAGAAAAGAUGAAGAGACACGUGUUCUCCCCCAGAGUAGCCUUCCUGGUAAUCUGUAUUGUUACACGGGCAUUCGGGAGGCAGCGGGUGGCGACACUGAGGUAGAGGAGAGUGAGGCACCUAGCUGCAGUGAGGGCGAAAAUGAGCCUGAAGCUGUGAUGGGGAAUGGACAGCAAGGCGCUGUGGAUGCCUCUGGAAAAGAUGCAGGAGCUGUGGAUGCUGGUGUGGCUGAGACCAGACCUUCCAUAGAGGUGGGGUAUCUGACCUCGGCUCUGCAGGAUUUUAACAUCAGUACUUUUUCUGAGAUAGACACACUUUCCACAUCAGAGGUCGUUAUGUUUCUUGAAAGUUGUCAGUUAAGAGAUUAUAGUUCAGGGGACUCUGUUUCAGAAUGUUCUAGCAAAGGAACCCUAAAUAAAGACAAGAACAAAGACUUAAGGCAAAGUGAAAUAUUAGGAGAAAAGUACAGAAAGCUACUCUGUGAAGAAGAAACACUUGAAACCUCCGAAGAGUGGAUGGAAUCAGAGGAAGAUGAUUGUCCUUUAAGGGACACGAGUCAGCUCACGCAGUGUUCUUUGGAAACCCUGUCUGAGGUGCUCACCAAGAUUGGACAGGAACUUCAGACCAACCAUGAUGACUCCAAUGGAGAAGAUGCUGGUAAUUUACUGCUCUUAGAUGUCCAUGACAGCAUGACAAGGGAAGAUGUAAAAGAACAAGUCCCACCUCAGGAAACAGCUGGCUCCUCAUCAGCCGCUUCAGAUGCACCCCCACCAACAGCCUGCUUGGACGCCCAGGGCAGUUCUCCCUCUAGUGGUAGAUCCAAUAAUGAAAACACUGAAGGCAGACCUGAGGGUAACUUGGAUGGGAGCAAGCCGAUGGACAGUGGGGAAGAGGGCAUGUCAGAACCAGCAGAGCCCUCACCCUGCUGCUCCGACUCAGGAGCAGGACAGACAGCCACACACAGUGCUGAUUGUGAGGCAGAAGCGACGUUUCAGUGUCAGAUAGCUACAGUGACCUCCGAAGUUAUAAAUGUGCUAAUAAAUAAGGAUCAAAAGCUAGUCAUUGAGAAUGGAGACAACUGGACCAUCAUAAAUGGGGUAGCUCUCAUGCCAAACGUGGACCAGGUUAUACUGUGUGGUGCUCCAGGAGACGUGCCUGUUUCCCCGGGUGGAGGCGGGCAGGGAGCUGGUUGCAUUUCAGUUACUUCUUUGGAGAAGUCCCCAGAGACCAGUCACCCUGGCCCUCCAUUUGAGGAGCCCCAGUGUGGCAGUAACCUUGCGUGUACCCAAGAGGACAUUUCAAGCAGUGGUCAGAGUACCAACUUUGAUAAAAGUCGUUUACGAAAUAGACCUGUUAAACCUAGCGUGAGGAUUAGUUCUCAAAUAUAUGAUCAAAACUUUGAGUCUCCGAUUGUUGCAUCUGAUCACACUUACUAUAACUCGAAGCUAGAGCCAUUUGGCAAAUAUAAGAAUCGAUCAAAGGUUUCAAACAAGGAUCAAUCAAACAAACUGGUAAAGACUUUAGCAUCUAGCCGAGUUGAAACAAAUCAGAGUGAAGUUUCUCAGUCAUUUUCAGGGGAAAGAGGUAACGCAAAAACGCAGAGAAAUCAAACUCAGACCAUUCUAGCCAACGCUGACACAUCUACUCCUACAGAUUGUUCUGCUGACACGCUGAGUAAGAUACGGCAGGAGGUGGGGCCUCCUCUGCCCCCCUUGCUUGCUCCUUUGAUAGCUACGCCUCCAAGGACUUCACAACCAGUUUCUCCUCUGAUAUCAAGUUCCAGUCCCUCCUCACCCACCUCUCCUGUUGGCCAGAUCUCUCCGUUGUGUGAAAUCCCAGUGCCUCCUAUGAUGUCGCCUUUACCAGAAGAUCCGGGGCGCUCCUCUCUUCCGUGCACAUCUCCGUCCCCGUCCGCUGCACCAGCAGGUGAGAGGAUAUUGUCAUCUCCUUUGCAGUUUUGUGCUGCAACCCCAAAGCAUGCGCUUCCCGUGCCUGGCCGCCUCCCCCCCUUUGCAUCAACCCAUACUGCUGUGGCAGGGCCCCAGGAGAAUUCCGUUAAAAUCCUUGACACCAUGUACCCAGAGUUAUCUGCCAGGGCCCGCACCCUCAACAUCCUCAAAGGGAAUAUUCAGCUUACUCGAAGUCGGCCUGCUGACUGUAAGCAUUUACCAGGGCCUGUCAGCGCUAUAACAGGAUUCAAAACAAUCACGUCAACAUCAACCGCCUUUGUUAAAACAGGUAGCAACUCUGGUGGUGACUGUAACCAAGAGAAGUCAAGAGAUUCAGGGGCUCAACAGGAUUCAAGUGGGAAAAGGACGUUGUCAGUGUCUACCUUGAGGAGUGCUAAAAGAUUGCGCCUGGACAGCGGGUCCCCAGAACCAGAAACCGGGAGCACCCCCACAAAAGGAGUCAACAGGACCCUCCACAGGAAUCUCCCUCCAGCUGAAGUUGUAACGACACAGCAGGAAAGAAGUUCUGUUCCGACUGUAAACACAGUUUCACAGUUGCCUGUAAACGCCAAAGACACUGUGGAGUCCCACGAUAAAGCCAUAGCUGAUGCACUGAAGAAGAUCUCAGAGUCAUCUUUUGAUCUUUUACCCGUCAUUCGUAGUCACGUAUAUGUGGGAAAUAUCUCCAAAAAGCCUGUAAUGAGAGAUCAAGAGAAAGAAGUUGUUUAUGAAUUUAGCACAACAAAGAAGCAUUUAGCAGAGUGCUUGCUUCAUUCGGUUCUCUCAGAACUGAAAGUUCAGAAGACAUCUCUGGAGCACAGUUACAUUCAUGCCCUCUGCAGAGUGUAUGUGGGUGUCUGUCGGCAGCUCGGAGACUUGGAAAGAGCUCGCUUGUUUUGCUACAGCCUGCUUAAGGAAGACUUUCCAGAGUCUGAAAAAUUGACUUUGUUCAUUGCAAACAUGUGGCAUGAUGUGUUUAUCUCUCAAUCGGUGAUUAAUAAAGCCAUGCAGUUAGUUGCCAGGCAGCGUGCUAAAGGAGAGGUUCUGAACUGUUUGAGAGCUUUUCUCAAUUGGGAAAAGAAUGCUCCUGUAGAUGUUGGCUUCAUGGUUUCUAAGCUGCUUUUGACCAUACAGUUAUGUCCAAACACAGAAUUUCAGUCCAGUGAACAAUUUGGUGAAGAUCUAAGUGAAAACACUUGGGAGUAUGUACUCGCCAUUGAUCUGCUCUGCUGCCAUCAGAAGUGGGUCUGGACACAUGAUCACAUCAUAAGUAAGGAGCUGUGGCCUGUCAUGGAUAAGUGGAUAAAGUACAGAAAGGGACAUGCAAACAUCGCACACACUCCUGAUGUUAUCAUUGCUUCAGUCCUGAGGCUGAUUGGUCGCUUGGGCCAAUUGGGUUUGAAGGAAGGGUUUCCAUCUGCUGUGAAAAAUAUUAGUUCGGUUAUUGGUAUGUUUAUACAACAUGCCCAGGAUGAAGAUAUACCAUGGGGUAUACAGCUAGCAGCUGUGUACGCUCUUUGUGACUUGAGUCCCAGCAAUCCAGCGGAAAUAUCCAAGAUCCUAGAAGCUUGGCGCAGAGAGACCUCUCACAGUGUUCCUUCUGCAGUGGUCAGCGCCCUAGAGGAAGUCAGCGCUUUGUGCGCAGAGGAGCUCGGCUAGGCCACGAUGCAUCAGUGCGUCUAGAGAAGUGCCUUUCCAUCUCUCCAGGAUAAGUAGGUUAUAGACCGAGGUUUC